GGAUGACACAAAUCCUGGGCUUAACCUAGUUAGUGUGGAACGAGGAUCCGGAUGACUGACUGAUUGACUGACUAUUUGAGCGUCUUCUCCCUCCCUCCCUGCUUCCCUCCUCUAGGUUGGCGGUAUCUUAGGCGGCUGUUUGUCUCUGUCCGACUGCAAAGGUGUCGGUCCUCCGCUAGAUUUUUAUCGUAAUCACGCGCCGGGGACGGGGGUUGGGGGAGUGGCGAGGGAGCAAGGGUUUUCGUGGGGAUGUGUUGAAAGGCAAACGCUUUGGUGUUGGUGAGAGAUUAGUGAGCUGCGGAAAAGGUGGUCUGCGUGUUCGUUUGCCUUCGUGAUUCGGAUCGAGUGGCCUUGAGUGUUCGUUUCCGUGUGGCAGAUAGUUUUGUGUUACAUUGCGGUGAUGGUGGCAUCUGUCUGGUAGAGUCUUCUUCUUUCUCGUGAGUAGCGGCAAUGGACGUGAGGUUGUUUUAGUGGGUGGUGUUACAGUUUGCAAGAUACUCUCUCUUUACAGUCUCCGCGAUCCUUUGUAAAUGGAGCUUAUUUUCUGCCCACGGUGCUCUGGGGUUUUUGGGCAGCUGUUUUGAACCACCAUUUGUUUUUGGAGAACCUUUUGAUCGGUAUUGGAAUCUUUUGAAGUAGAUCACUUUGUUGUCUCAAGGUUUCGUCGUGUAAUCCCCAUUGCCUUUGCAUCACAAUAGGAAUCUUUACCUUGGUUCUUCGAUUACCUCCACUUGGUCGGCACUACAGUACCGCCAGUUACCAAUUAGUGCCCCCCCCCCCCCCCAACAGUUUCUGCACACAUCUUCCAAGUUCCGAUCACCCUAUUUCUUCUUCCAAGUUGAGGUGCCUCUGUUGGUCUCCCAGCUUGUGCUCUCUCUCGAACUCUGUCAAAGCAAUGCUGUCGUCCUCUCCAGCGUUUGUCACUGUGUGCAGGGGCCGGCCAUUAGUACAGCGUGUCCCCAAUUCUCACCUACUUAAUGUGUGACCCGGUUGGUCUUUGAUCCGCGCGUUGUGCCAGUACUCUUGAUCUUCUCCCGCAAUAUUCAAGCUUCUCUUUUCAAUACUCAUCGUCGCAGUGAUCGAGACACAAUUUCAUUGUGCUCGCACUUUAAAGCUUCUAUUCUGACAACCAAAUUUGGCACUUUUUUUCUUUUUAUAUAUACUUCUCCAACUGUUUCGAGGCAGUGGAAGUGAACAAAGAGCGCCCACAAUGGCAGGUGCUAGUGGUUCUGCGUCAACCGGAAAUGGUGGAAAUUAUGGUGCGGAUUCGAACUGGACGAUGAACUCUGGACCAUCUCACGUAACCAACGGAUGGGACGACCCAGUUGAUGGCUGGCAGUUCCAACCCGCGUACAACAGUUCCUAUGGAGACAAGAACGGAAAAAGCCUUUAUGAUAACGCAUCUAACAGAUCAGGCUCGUCUUCUAAAGCGAGGUCACGUAAGGGAAACUCAAUGAAUAGGCAAGACUCUGGUUCCCCUCAGUCUGGAAGAGGUGGAGGAAGACAAGGAUCGAACAGGAACAACGGCGGCUCUGAGAGGAGCCCUGGACAGGGUGAAGCAGGUAGAGGAGGAAGAGGAGGAAGAGGGCGUCGAGGAGAAGGACGAGGAGGAAGAGGUAAAUUCAACGGAGGAAGAGGUGAAUUCAAUGGAGAAAGAGGUGCAUCCAACAAACCUCAAGGUGGUUGGGGUCAGCAUAAUAACUUCAGGCAGUACGAGGCAGCGCCGAAUGCGGAUUACGGUGGAAGAGGAGGGUGGGAUGGUCAAGGGCCGCUUUUGAGUCCUGAAAAUGGUUGGCAGCAGGUUAGUAGUAAGAGUAGGAAUGGUUCAGAAAGCUCUUCUCGAAGUGGGGCUCCAGGCAUCACCAAUAAAGCCUGGCAUCAGGGGGCCAAGGCAUCGACACAACUCGUUUCUGGGUCAUCAAGUAAUCUUUAUCAGCAAGGUGACACUGGGACCGACUUAGCGUUGGAGUAUCCAGCCAGUCCUUACUCGGAUAGCCAGUGCUCUGACUUGGAUCAUGUAGAGGACGAUAGUGACGAUGGUUUCUUCAGUGAUGAUUCUUUUGCACAGGAGAGCCAUGAGGACCAGAAGAAGAUCAAGUGGUUCCGCGACUUCUUUCAGGACCUUGACAGCAUGACAGACGCCCAGCUCAACGAGCAUGACCGGCAAUGGCAUUGUCCUGCUUGCAAGGGCGGUCCCGGUGCGAUCGACUGGUUCCGAGGCCUGGUUCCUCUCGCUACCCAUGCACGCACCAUGAGAUCCAGGCGAGUCAAGCUCCACCGCAAAUUCGCAGAGAUUUUGGAGGAGGAGCUACGCAUUCGGCGAUCGGCACAACCGAACGUUGAAUUGCAGAGCACGUUUGGGAAAUGGAAUGGACUUAGCGAGGAUACUGAGUCGCAACAGAAAAUGAUAAUAUGGCCUCCGAUUCUGGUCAUCCAGAAUACUCAGCUGGAGCAAGACGACGAAGGAAAGUGGAUUGGAAUGGGAAACAAGGAGCUUGUAGACAUGUUCAAGGACUACAAUCCGCUGAAGCCCCGCCAUGCGUAUGGACCCCAGGGUCACCGUGGUAUGAGCCUGCUCAUCUUCCCGGAUUCACCUAUUGGUUACCAUGAUGCAGUGCGUCUUGCUACUCAUUUUGCGAAUUCACGGAGAGGUAGAGAUGACUGGCAACGUCCCGGUAAGAUCCUGUUUAAACCAGGAGGCGAGCGGAUUUUGUAUGGGUACUUAGCAAUUAAAGACGACCUGGAUAUCUUCAACAGACACAGCAGAGGGAAGACGCUGUUGAAGUAUGAGUUGAGGAAGCUCCAGCAAGUGGUACUGGAACCAAUGCAGCGCAUGGAACAGCAGAAUCAACUGAUACAAUCACUUCAGAUCGAACAAAACACUCUUAAGAAGUCUGUAUCUGAGACAUCGAAAAACUUACAGCUCCGUGAGGAAGAGCUGCAAAUUUUGUGGGACCGGCAAGGGAAGCAGCAUGCAGAGAACAAGCGUGAGCUAGCUGACAUGGAGGAGUUCUUUCAACAAGAAAGUGCUCAAUGGGCAAAUGAGGUUGCUGCCAAGGAUAGUGAGUUGCAAAAGCUGAGAGACGACCUUCACAAGAUUGCCUUGAACCAAUCUCAUGAACUGAAUGUUCUACGUUCUAAUCUUCCCAACAUCGACCAGGAUCCAGCGAUGGCCAAUGAAAUUUUACAAAUGACAAAGAAAGUGGAAGGUAGUUUGCUGGAGGCUGAAGACUUUGAAAACAAGCUCAAGGAACUGGAACAAAAGCACCAUGAGCGGCGUGUACAGUUUCAAAAGCAACAGCAUGAAGCUGCCCUAACCUUCGAGCAGCAGAUAAAAAUAGAAAUGACAGAGUUUCUUCACAGCUUUGAGAAGCAAAUGCGCCAGUAAGGACGUUCUCUUGAAGCUGGAAGUUGUUGAUACUACUUGAGAUUUGAAAGGGUUCAGCAAGCCCUUCUCAUGCAACUAGUGCUAGCUUCACCGUUAUUCAGAUGUGAAAUUGAAGCCCUUCGCUGAGAUUUUGUCACGGCCUUCUAUCAGGAAUUGGGCAAGCACUUCCAAUCUGUGAAUCGAAACAUACGUUGCCAACCUGCUUUUCUCAAAGACGGAUGUACCUCAUAUUUUCUUAUCAAUCCAUUUGUUGACUAGCACUGUAGUUCAGAUUUAUUGUUA